AUGCGAGGGUCAGCUCGCGUCCCUGGCGACAUUUACCGGGAUUUAUUUGCCGGAAGUUACAUUCCCAGGCCACUUUUUGGCAAAAAUGAUGAGUUGUUGCGGUGGGUGCCGCGAACGGACUGGAUUUAUCUCACAACAUUCAACAUUCCUGCACACUGGAACAAGGUACCAAUGUUCAGUGUUAAUUGCAAAUUGAUGAAGGUGAAGGCAGUGCUGCUGAACGCUCAAGGUCUGGACACUGUUGCUGAUGUAUAUUUUAACAAUCUGUUGGUACUCCAAGCACGUAACCAGUUCGUGCCCUAUCUUCUGGCGCUCAAAUGCUGGAAAAUUGGGGAAAAUACUCUACGAAUUGAGUUCAAAUCACCAGUCCUCUAUGCGGAACAGCAGGCCAACAACUAUCAGAAACAAUAUGGUCACAUUGUUCCGCCGUUUUGUCCAGUGCCGGAAUUCCAAGGCGAAUGCCAUGUUAAUUUCAUGAGGAAGAUUCAAGCAAGUUUCAGUUGGGAUUGGGGUCCUUCAUUUCCAACGGUAGGUAUUUGGCAGCCGAUAUCUAUUGAAGGCGUAGAAACGCUACACGUUGGCAGGAUAUCAGCCGAAAUUUCAUUCCAAAGUAAUUUUUCAGAAUUUAUCAAAACCUUUUUAACAGAUAUUCGUAUUCGGCCCUUCACAGAAUUUGGUAUUGUAUGGGCUGUCACCCAAUAA